AGAAACAAAACAUUUUCCAGCCUGCCCUGCCCCCUCAUCAUCACUCUCUGGGGGGAACAAGGGAUUAUGGAAAUGUAUAAAAUGCAAAGAGAGGAGGGAGACUGACAGACAGGGAGGAGGAGAGAGGAGGAGGAGGAGGAGGAGGGAGCGACGCUAUUGGUCGAGCGUUUUCACAUCAAGCGUGAUAGAAAUAUUCCUCUCGCAGUCUAAGAAAUAGAGGAUGAGACAGACAGGAGAGGCAGACUCAGGAAAAAAAAACACAUUCAGGUUCUGUUUUUGUUGAAAAGACUCACAGACGAGGAGGACUAAUUAACUUAUGACUUCUGAGGGGCUGCGGAGAUUUAUUCCCUUUUAACCGGAGUGAUUUUAAAAUUCAGAAUAAGUGCGGCUCAACAUGUAGAUGUCCUGCAGCCUUCUGCUUGAAAAUCUCCCUCCCCUGUUUCUUUUUUCUUUUACCUCCUCCUCCUCUUCUUCUUCUUGUUCUUCUUCUCCCAGAAUGAAAUAAUCUCACCCCUGCAUGUCAGAUCAAGAUGCUUUCCCGGAGACGUCUGAGGGGAAACAUGCAGAGCAGAGAAUAGUUCUGACAUGGUGCCGACCCGAAUUGACAGAGACGAGGACAGAGCGGACUGUUCGGUGGCAGCAGGCACAGAGUCUCCGGCCAGACGCAGAAGUCAGCUCGCGUCGGGGGGGCCGAACACAGACGAUAACCACCUCCAACAGAAGGAGGGAGAAGGAGGGCAUCGGCCACCUGAGAGGCAGAGAGCAGGGGCGAAGGUUCCCUUCCUCUCUCUCGACCCAUCCCGUCGUCAGGCUGGCUGGCACGGCCAUGGCGUUCACCUUUGCGGCCUUCUGCUACAUGCUCACCUUGGUGCUGUGCGCUGCCCUCAUCUUCUUCGUCAUCUGGCAGAUCAUCGCGUUUGAUGAGCUUCGCACAGACUUCAAAAACCCGAUUGAUCAGAGCAAUCCCACCAGAGCGAGGGAACGGAUCCUCAAUAUCGAGAGAAUCUGCAACCUUCUUCGCCGGCUGGUGGUACCGGAGUACUCCAUCCACGGGCUCUUCUGCCUGAUGUUCAUGUGUGCCGGAGAGUGGGUCACACUUGGCCUAAAUAUCCCGCUGCUCUUCUACCAUCUGUGGAGGUUCUUUCACCGGCCGGCUGACGGGUCAGAGGUCAUGUACGAUCCCGUCAGCGUGAUGAACGCCGACAUCCUCAAUUACUGCCAGAAGGAGUCCUGGUGCAAACUGGGCUUCUACCUGCUCUCUUUCUUCUAUUAUCUCUACAGUAUGGUCUACGCCUUGGUGAGCUUCUAACAGCAGACGGGAGACCUGGAGGAACAGAAAGGAAGGAAACUACAAGAAAGACUAAUUAACAGAAUAGAUGGAGACGUCAGCUCUUCCUCACUCCACGUAUCCUUCCUCCGAUCACCGGCGCGGGUUUUUUCAAACGAUCUACUAACUUUUGGGGCAAAAACCAGAAGACCAGUCUGAGUGAUAAUGUGAAUGUAAAGGUCGCCUCCGCUCCAUUAGAUAUCGCUUUAUCCCAGAUACUGCUGUCGGACGGCUGGACGCAUCCUUAUGGAAGGACUGAAAUGAAAGUGGAAAAAAGGAAAGAGGAGAGACGCAGCAGGUGUUUGUGUUGCCUUUGACCCCCCCAUUGUAUGAAAUAACAAUAUAUAUUCUGAAGGGCUGGAGUUUCCCCCAUGCUGCUCUUAACCGAUCCAGUCGCUCAACUCACUGUGAAUCUCCGAAAACACUAAAGGGGCUGGAAAACAAUACGUCUGUAAUUCUCUGAAAACUCUUAAAAAGCAGGAUUGUUAUCUGAUAUCAUUCCAUGUAUUUAAGACGAGCGUCACCUCUGAUAGCAAAGUACGUGAAACUGUUACGACACAGGCUGAAAUGUGAAAUGUAGAGGAGAACUUUUUCCCGUACUGUAAGAAAAGCGGAGGGGAAAUAAUAAAACAGGGCGGUGGACUCGACGCCAGCCUCUGCAGAAAACUCAAAUUUCACACCGUAACAAAACACGACAAGGGAAUUCAUCAUGUAAGUUUGACUCGGAGGGUCAGUGCUUGUAGUGUGCAUUCAGAAUAAGUAUGUCCGUAGCUGUAAGGACGUAUUUUUGUGCUACAUGCUAGGUUCAUGCUUUCCAAAGAGCCUCACGCUCAAAACAUACAUAUAAAAGCCAAAAGUUUAUAUCUGGAGAAACGUUGUGCCAAAAUCAAGCAGCAGAAAAGAAAAAAGAAAAGAAAAGUGCUCGCUUCACCUCCGAGUUUCGUGAGGCCUUUUUCUUUCUUUUUGUUUUAUUUUGGCACAAUGUUUUUGUUCCUUGAGAAAAUAGUUAGUUCUGUUGUAUUCUUAGUGUGCAGGGAGCGCCUUAUUUCCCGUGAAGUUUACUCUUACUCAUCUGCAUCUAUACUCUAGUCGUUUUAGCACAGCAACUUUUUUCUCUGAUCCGAGGUAGAAUAUAGAAAUUAUCAUGUACAAAAAGCAAUUAAAAAACAGCAAACUAGCAAUGUGAUAUGAUUCAUGAGUCACGACGACGCGGCGGUGUUCAGUGUAUGUAAUAACAGCGAGUGGGAAGCGAGUGGCAGACGUAGACGAUUAAUGAUUUAUGACGAUGUUUAAGUUAUUCCCCCGAGUGUGAAGUCGUCUCAGUGCAAUCAUACGGUUUCACAGGAGGAACAGAUUCAUGUCGCCGACGAUGACCGAGACGUGUAAACAGCAAAAGCCUUUUUUUUUUCCUGAGAUGGUGCUGCCUUUGCUGUCAUGUGUUCAUUAGUUUGAUCUAUUUGUAGAUAAGUGAUGGUUCAAAUGUGUGAUUUUAACAUCGGUAGACGGAGCUACGUACGUCGGCUCCGAAGUGUACUAAAUGGUUGGUGAUGACACGUUUGGUGAAUCAACUGCGAGACUCACUGAGGAAAAUAUGUCUCGAAUACUGCAGCCUAUUGAAGUAGCUUCUGAUAAGUCAACAACGACAAAUACUCUGAUGAUCAGGUCUGAUUUACAUUUAAUUUUAAAGGUGCAAUAAGUAAGAAUUAGCCACCUGGCUCAAAACAAACAUCACCAACCACUGGGUGUAGCUGCCGUUAGCUCAGUUAGCUCAGUUAGCUGUGUGUCUAGUUAGCAUGCUAGCUUCACAACACGUAUACAUCAUAACAUCAAAGCUAUUAUUUCUUUACAUUCUUUUAAUACUUUUAGAUCAUUAUUUUAACGUUAAAUAAAGUAUGAGUAAUAUAAAUGAAAUUCUUACAUGUUGCACCUUUAUAAAACAGGAAAAAUAACACCUGGAGAUUUAAAUAAACAUCACAAAAUACAGAUACACACAUAAAUAUAAAUAUUAUCAAUGUGAAUCAAAUAGCAGUUCUGUAGGAUAAUGAGACUAUAACCAACCACGGCCUAUAUAAGUAUUAAAAACUAAUCACAAAUAUAUUGAUAGAGUUUUAAGAUAGCCUAAAUAAUUUCCUUAAACAGCUGGACGUUGUAGUUUUUUAGCAAAUUCUGUACAAACGAGAAAAUGGUGUUUUUCUCUGGGACUAUUUUCAGCGGCGGAUGAAUAAACGUUUGCUACACUAGUGAGUAUCUACAUUAGUUUCACAGGCUGCACUGGUUCUGCUGUUUUUCGCAGGUUUGUUGACAGUAAGAAAAAAUUAUAACGUAUAAAUCCGUCUCAUCCUUUGAAUAAAUUCCCACUCUGAAACUGUUUUAAAUGAUUCAUACGUCGCUUUCAAAAAUUGCGCAGUGACCGAUUAAUGGCGGACGUUCUAGAAAACGCUCCCGGUUCCACCCGACCCGAGUAUGUUACAUUAAAACCUGGAUAAUUUCUGUUAAAGCUGCUCAGUGACACAUGAAGCCAAACAAGUUAGAUUACCACGAUCUUGCAUGUUGUGUGACUGGAGAAUUAUGCCGGCUAACUUCUGGUUUAGUGCCCGGCUAACUUGAAUAGAGACAAAAUUAUUAAAUAACGCUGCUCAAAAAGUGUCUCCACUGUUUUCCAGCAGCUUCUUUCACAAAGUAAGCUGCUGGACAAAGUAUUUUUGAGCCCCAAAGCAUCACGUGAUGAUGGAAGGACACAGUUAUGAAAGUUGGCUUCAUAGUUUCCUGGCGCUUCUUCCACCAGGUGUUUAACGUCACAGAAAUCUGUCUGCAGCGACAAAAAUACUCCCCGAGUCUAUUUUUGACGAGAGCGAACGCGUCGAUUUGCACAGAACCAGACAGGAAGUCUGACAACCUACCGAAGAGUAUUUGGGCCACGGAUGAGGGGAGAAAAAAUGAGAGGGAGACGUUUUAUUUUUUAAUUUUUUUCAUUAUGUACUUCAGGAAAAAAGUUGAAAUGUCGAGACAGCUUGCAGGAGUGUGGACACCUCUUCAUGCUCGCGUGGUUUUUCGUUCCGAACAGACAAAGUUUUCGGCGCGAUCUCUUUAAACUCCAAUACUCCAUAGUGUGAAACAGAAAUAAUUUACAGUUUCACCAGUUCAUCUGCUCGAGGCUGUCAAAUGUUUGAUGUCGUCUCAGACGGUCGACCUCCAAUCUUGAAAUGUCGACUUUAUUCUUGAAAUGCAAAAUGAAAAAAUAAAACUCCUCCACUCAGUUUUUGUCCUUUUGUCCACAUGGCCGCUCUGCCGUGGACAACCAGACAAAGAGCAUCCUGUAAAUUUUCAAAAAAAACAAAACCAUUAGAAAUAUCGACACAGCUCAAACAAACAAACACAUUUAACUACGUUGCGUAAAAAGCACAACACCAGUUAGUCAGAGAUAUCAGGCAAGGUCAACAGGUUAUUCUGUUUAAAAUGUCAGAUUACAGCUUCAGUGCAGAAAAUGUUCAAGUUUUAAAAAAAAACAUUUUGUCCUCACUGCUGCACACACACACACACACACACACACACACACACACACACACACACACACUUUACGUCAAUCACGGUCCUUUUCACGUCACUUUGAUACUAACGAGAGUUUCAGAGCUCUGAAUCUCAACCAGACUGCCGCGUUUUACUUUCGUCCGAGGCCACUUUUAAUAGUCUGUCGGUGUAAGAGACACAGGACAUGUUGUGCCAAAAUCAUGUUCCCAGUACAAUAAUCGCAGGACACUGAGACCUCAGAGCGCUGCCAACUAAAAUGUGAGUGUGUCGAGUCGGGACAAUCACUAUUAAAGCACAGGAAACACGAGGAGGAAAACGCAGCUCGGUUGAAUGUCAUUAUGUAGUCGUUCUAAACGAAGCAUUUUAGAAAAAAAAAACUGUAUUUAAGUAUAUCUAUUUGUAUCUGUCUUUUAUACAUUUAUCAUCAAUGUACGCUACAGUAAAAACUUGGUGGAUUUCUUUAUAUUUAUUAGGUCACACACUCUGAUGUACAGUUAAUAAAAACAGCGAUUCUCAUGCCAUAUUCUAAUAAAACAGUAAUGCCAAAAAACAAACAAAAAAAAAA